GCAAUUUACUUUUACUUUAUAUUGAUAUAAACAUUCAAAUUAUUUCUAAAUAAAAUAUAAAAUGCCACUAUAUAACGAUAAUAUGGUGUCGCUACUCUCUAGGCCGACAUUACGACAUCUCAGAUCUUUUUAUUUGAUUCAAUCGAACGUGCAUGCUAAUCGAGUGCAACAACUGAAAAAAUGAAGAUGGCGGACGGAUGUGUAUUCUUUAGAAGAAAUAGACCUGGAACUACAGCAAAGGAACCUUCUUUGGUUAGAAUUUCUGUAGGUGGCCUGAUGAACCCUUUGAAGAAAUGGACAGCACGCUGGCCGUGCAACAAUAUAUUCAGCAAAUGAUUAGAAGAGAUCCAUCUAAUGUUGAUUUAAUAUUGAAAAUGCCAGAAGCGCAAGAUGAAGCAGUAUGGAAAUAUGAACAUUUAAGACAGUUUUGUAUGGAAUUGAAUGGUUUAACAGUAAGACUACAGGCUGAAUGUCAUCCAGAAACCUGUACUCAAAUGACAGCUACUGAACAAUGGAUAUUUCUAUGUGCUGCACAUAAGACACCUAAAGAAUGUCCAGCUAUUGAUUAUACACGACAUACACUUGAUGGUGCAGCUUGUUUACUUAAUAGUAACAAAUAUUUUCCUAGCAGAGUUAGUAUUAAAGAAUCUUCAGUAGCCAAACUUGGAUCUGUUAGCAGGAGAGUUUAUAGAAUUUUCUCUCAUGCAUAUUAUCAUCAUAGAACAAUAUUUGAUGAAUUUGAAAAUGAGACUUUUUUAUGUCGCAGAUUUACAGCAUUUGUAACAAAAUAUAAUUUAAUGUCAAAGGAAAGUUUAAUAGUACCAAUUAUGGAAGAAGAAGGAACAACAGAAAGUGAAGCAUAAUAGAACUUAAAUAUUUAUAUUUACCUGAAAUUCGUUGAAUGUAAUAUGAAAUCAUAAGUAAUGAUAUAUUAUUGAAAUAUCUCUUGUAGUUCCAAAUGUUAUAAGAAUAACAAGAGUAUUACAAGAGAUUGAUAAUUUUUGGUAAUUUGUGUAGAAAUAUAUUACUAGAAUUUCUUGUUAUUAAUUGAAUUAAGAUAAAAAUCUUUUUGAUACAAUUUUUUUUCUCUUUUU